UUCCGCGUCACUUUAUCGCUUGAAUACCCAGCAUGCACUCCUCCGAUAUCUUUGCCUCCAUCGGCGUAAUCGCUGUUGCCGCCUUCGCCUUCAAAGUUGCUUCCGCCGGCGCAGUCUACCUCCUCCCCUCAAACCUCAAGCGAUAUGCCCAUGAUUCAGCUGAUGGCCGCCCUCCGUGGGCGCUGGUGACGGGAGCAUCAGACGGCAUUGGGCGCGCUUUUGCUGACGAGCUGGCGCUGCGAGGCUUCAAUGUGGUCCUCCACGGCCGUAAUCAGGCAAAGCUCGACGCGGUCAAAUCUGAGCUGCAAAAGAGACAUCCCGGAAGAGCGUUUCGGACUCUGAUCGCGGACGCUAGCACGGUGCAAUGUACGAGUUGCCUGCAGGCCGGAGAAGCCCAAGCGCGACACUCGCUCGAUUUCAAUGCCAUCAAAGACGCGCUUCAAGACGUGCAUCUCACAGUCCUAAUCAACAACGCGGGCGGCGGCUCUACAAAUCCCGUCUACCUCCCACUGGGCGACUGUUCUGAGCAGCGUAUCACUGACAACGUCAGUGUCAAUGCAUUGUUUCCCCUGCAUCUGAUUCGCCUCCUGCUCCCACACCUGGCACAAAACUCACCGGCGCUGAUAAUGAACAUCAGCUCUAUGGCUGACGCAGGAUUUCCCAUGCUGGCUUCUUAUGGCGCGAGCAAGCAGUUUCUAAUGACCUUGACGCGUGCUAUAAACUUGGAAUUCGCAUUAUUGGGGCAAACUGGCAUUGAGUGCCUUGGCGUCCGUGUUGGUAACGUUACAAGUGUAUCACACAACAAAGAAUCUCCUUCGCUUUUCACGCCAACAGCCGAGACGAUGGCGCGAGCCGCUCUGGAUCGAGCUGGCCACGGGCAUGUGGUUGUAACCGGACACUGGGCACAUGCGCUACAGGGGGCUAGUUUGACGCUUCUGCCUUCGUUUAUGGCGAACAAGAUCAUGGUUAAUGCUAUCCGCGUGAGGAGAGAGGCCGAGCUCAAGUCAAGCUAGAGGAGAGCUUGGGAGAUGGUAAUGAGAGAAACAUACACGAAACAGAAUAUUCAGGGUUAAUAAAGCAGAUGAUUCAAAAUAGCAUUGGAUCUUUCUUGGAAAGGGUAGGCGAAAGUCUGAAGCGCGAGGCAGCUGGAGAGAUAAUAUGCCAAUGGGGUUAAUGGCAUCGCGGUAAUAGGGACUCAUUUGCGCUGCGCCCCUAUAUAAAGGUGGAAUUUGGUAAGACGGAUAAGAGGUUGACAAGGAGGAUACCUGCCAAUAUAUCGGAUUGUCCAA